AUGGCUGCAAGCACCCCGAAGAAACAGACGGAUGCCAUCGUCGACGUGUCUCUGAAGGAGAAGGACGAGAAGUCUGAGGCAGCGGCGCAGCUGGAGAAUACGAGCCCCGAUGGCCGUCAGUACCUGACUGAGGACCAGUGCUACGACAAGCUUGGUUAUUCUUUCAGCGAAGCGCGCAAGUGGGCCAUCAUCAUGGUCAUUUUCGCCGUGCAAACUUCGAUGAACUUCAACACCUCGCUGUAUUCCAAUGCGCUGGAUGGUAUCUCUGAGAAGUUCGGCGUUUCUAUGCAGGGCGCCCGUUGUGGUGCGAUGAUUUUUCUCGUGCUGUACGCCUUCGGCUGUGAGCUCUGGGCCCCGUGGUCUGAGGAACUCGGACGAAAGCCCAUCCUCCAGGCAUCCCUGUUCCUUGUGAAUGUAUUUCAGUUUAUGGUCGGCUUUGCACCCAACUUUGCCACGCUGAUGGUUGGCCGUGCCCUCGGGGGGCUUUCCUCUGCUGGUGGAUCGGUCACUCUCGGCAUGAUCGCUGACCUGUGGGAGGCUGACUCCCAGCAGUACGCCGUGGCCUGUGUUGUGUUCUCGUCUGUCGGUGGAUCAGUGCUAGGCCCUGUGGUCGGUGGUUUUGUUCAGGCCUUUGUUCCUGAUUGGCGAUGGUGCAUUUGGAUUCAGCUAAUCUUUGGUGCUGUUGUCCAAGCUAUGCACUGGUUUGUUGUCCCUGAGACCCGGAGCACCGUCAUGAUGAACAACAUCGCGAAGGAGAUGCGCAAGUCGGGGGAGAACCCUAACAUCUACGGUCCUACUGAGGGAAUCUCGUUCCGGGAGCGCUUCCCGCCCAAGGAACUCAUCUACACCUGGGUCCGACCCUUCCGCAUGUUCCUCACGGAGCCCAUCGUUCUGUGUCUCUCUCUGCUCUCUGGUUUCAGUGACGCUCUGAUUUUCAUGUUCGUCCAGUCUCUUUCUCUGGUGUACGGCCAGUGGGGAUUCAACACCUGGCAGAAGGGUUUGGCGUUCAUCCCAAUUCUGGUCGGCUACUUCAUCGCCUGGUUUUCAUUCAUCCCCGUGAUUAAGCGCAACAUCAAAGAGCGUCGCGACAACCCUCACAGCGAACGUGCGCAAUACGAGUCCCGUCUCUGGUGGCUGCUCUACACUGCGCCCCUUCUGCCGAUUGGCCUGAUCGGCUUCGCGUGGACCAGCCUUCCCCAGUGCCACUGGAUCGGAACCAUGAUCUUUGCUGCGUUGAUUGGCAUUGCCAACUACUCGAUCUACAUGGCCACCAUUGACUACAUGAUCUGUGCCUACGGUCCAUAUUCGGCAUCUGCAACUGGUGGCAAUGGCUGGGCUCGUGACUUCCUGGCUGGUGUUCUGACCAUCCCUGCGACUCCCUUCUUUACCAACAUCGGUGGCAAGCUCCAUCUCGAAUACGCCUCGACCAUCCUCUUCUGCAUUGCGGUUCCCCUCGUCGUCGCCGUCUACGUUAUCUACUGGAAGGGUCCUACUCUGCGCAAGCGCUCGCCCUUCGCUCAGCAGCUGGCGGAUGCUCAGCAUGAGUUGGGAGCACAGGGUCGUCGCGUCUCCAAGGUCCCUGAUGUGUCUCGAGCCCACUCGUACGCGCGCUCCCAGCAGGACCUCCGCAUCCAGCAGAUGGGUGGCAGCCGCGCUGGCUCCCGUGCCAAUUCGCGUGCCAAUUCCCGCGCCAAUUCCCGUGCCAAUUCCCGUGCCAAUUCGCGUCGCAACAGCGUCGACGUAUAA